GACUACCUACCCAGUUCCUGGUUCUUCUACUGGUCUACCACCUCCAUACACCACUACUAUUGUUACUGGUACUGUUACUGAAACCGUUAUUGUAUCAUGCUCUUUGACCACGAAUACCAAUGGUAUUGUCAGUACCGUUACGACGACUGCAUCUGUCGGUCCUUCUUCUGGUGGCCUACCACCUCCACACACCACUACUAUUGUGUCUGGCUCUUCUACUGCCACCCACAUCGUUUCUCACUACUCCACCACCGACUCUGAAGGUAAGCCAUCUACCGGUGUCACUACCUACCCAGUUCCUGGUUCUUCUACUGGUCUACCACCUCCAUACACCACUACUAUUGUUACUGGUACUGUUACUGAAACCGUUAUUGUAUCAUGCUCUUUGACCACGAAUACCAAUGGUAUUGUCAGUACCGUUACGACGACUGCAUCUGUCGGUCCUUCUUCUGGUGGCCUACCACCACCACACACCACUACUAUUGUGUCUGGCUCCUCUACGGUAACUAAUAUCAUCUCACACUUUAUUACGACAGACUUUUUGGGCAAGACCUCUACUGGUAAAUCUACUGCCAAGGUUGUUUCCACCAAUACUUUACCAAGUCCAUAUACUACUACUGUCACGAGCGGCAAAUCUGCAGCUACGAACAUCGUAUCGCAUUUCUUAACAACAAAUUCUUUGGGCAAGACCACUAUUGACUCAACUGUUAUUUCUUUGAAAUACAGUACAACUGUUGUUGUGAACACUGUUACCGAAACUGUAGUAGGUGAUAAUGGUAAGGGUGUUACCUCUAGUUCCACAAGAAAAUCAAAUCCAAGCACAUCACAUAACGGUAAUUCGCACACAGAUGUUUUGUCAAGAACUUCCAAGAAUGUGGUAGGUCAAUCUUCUAUUAUGCCUCAAAUAUCUGGUGCUGACACUAAGAAUGACUUAGUCACUUCUACACAUUCUAACUCAAUCAAGACAAAUAAUGUUGAAACUUCUGGGGCAAGUACAGUGAAGGAAUCAUCAGUAUCUGCAACCUCAUCAGUGGGUUCCGUCGCUAACUCCAACACCGUCGAGACGUCUAACAUUAAAUCAUCUGCUUCAGCAAGUGCUGAAGAUUCUUUGAUAACCGGUACAUCAACUCCAAACAACUCUUCACCUUCUUCUACUUCUUCUGUGUCCAACAAUUCUUUGAGUUCGGCUUCUACGUCGUCUGUUUCCGUCUUACAUCCAACUUCUAGUGAUACUGUGGGCAUUUCUUCAUAUGAAGGCUCAGGAGCCAGAUAUUCUGUCGGUAAGUCAAUGUUAUCACUCAUCGGUUUGUUAUUCUUUGCAUUGAUGUGA